CCCCGAAGAGUUAUCCUUAAAAUUGUCUCUUUUUUUUUGUAAAUAAUUAAAAAAAGAUCGAUAAUUUGUUUUCCGGGGAUUCUUGCUUGUUUAACUAUACCGUUUCUGGAUUUUGUUUGAACUGGAAGAUGGAUGAUGAUAAAGAUAAAACUCGCGAAGUAAUAGAACAUGGGUCCCGCGAAGAUAUUUCUCCAGCCCGAAUGGAUGGGGUUUCUAUUGAGAUUACAGAAACGUUAUCACCGAGCCAACAGGACAGAUGGCGAGGCCUUGUGUUAGAUAUAGAAUCAAGAGAACACGAAAAAACUCAUGGUGAUUUCUUGAGAGCAAAUGGAUCAUUGACUCCUAGUCCUGUUUCUAGAAGGUUCAAGUUCUCUCCAAUGUCAAGCCCUAGAAUCGGGAGACGUGUUGGAUCCUCCUCGUCAAGAAACAGGACUAACCUGAAAAAUCUCUUAAACUUGAGAAACCGGAACAACAACAAUGCAGAUACUGAGGAAGGGGUGUCUUUGGCGUUUGAUGGCAGAGAUAAUAAUAAGUCUCUCAUUCCAAGAACAUGGUCUCUCACUAAUCUCUUAACUCCUAGAAAAUCUAAGAAGGCAGAGUCUUUGCCGGUAACCCCUAUAGCUCACUCAAAUCCUGAGUCCAUGCACGGGAGCUAUGCGGUUGAUCAAGUUACUUUCAUGAAUAGAGAGCAUGCACUGCCUAUUCCCCGUUCACGCUCCGUCCCAACGCUCAUCGACAAAGAUGGAAGUGUAAAGCCGUUAGGGGUUCUCCGUGUGAUUCCCACUCCAUCUCGUGGGGAUACUCAAAGUCUAGAGAUGAUGCAGGCAUCAAAAAUGAGUAAACUCAAUGAUGACGAGGAUGAUGGCGGAGAAGAUGUUCCUGAAGAAGAAGCUGUGUGUAGAAUCUGUAUGGUUGAGUUAGGAGAGGAUUCAGAAGCUUUCAAGAUGGAAUGUAUGUGCAAAGGGGAAUUAGCUCUUGCCCACAAAACGUGCACCAUUAAAUGGUUCACCAUUAAAGGGAACAUAACAUGUGAUGUGUGCAAACAAGAGGUGAAAAAUCUCCCCGUGACUCUUCUCCGCGUGCAGGAUUCUCAGGACCGGUCUAGAGCAGCUGAACAUAUCGAGGUUUCACAGUUCAACGAAUGGCAAGAUGUGCCAAUCCUUGUCAUUGUAAGCAUGCUGGCAUACUUUUGUUUCCUCGAGCAGCUUCUUGUUAUGGAAAUGAAAUCAAGCGCCGUUGCAAUAGCUUUACCGUUCUCUUGCAUUAUCGGACUUCUUGCAUCGAUGACAUCAACAACAAUGGUGAAGAAGAACUAUGUGUGGAUCUUCGCAACCAUUCAGUUCGGUUUCGUGGUCCUUUUCGCUCAUCUCUUCUACUCAUUUGUUAAGCAGCCGGUUAUGUGCAUUGUGUUAGCCACUAUGAUCGGAUUUGGACUCACCAUGUCCGGCACAACAGCGAUUAACGAGUAUAUGAAAUGGAGGAGAGACCAUUCUCACCAGCCAGCCGAGCCAGCACCGUCUCAGACAGCAGCAGUAUAACGCAGUUGACUGAAGCUAGAGUCCCUCAAGAGUUGAACCUUCCGGUUCCGGAUUGAGUUUUUGGUUUAGCUGAAUAGAUUUGUCUCUGUUGUUUGAGUUGUAAAAGCAGCACAUUGUAUUUGGUGUCAAGAAGAAACAAAACAAAAAUUAGGCUACAUUAUUAGUUCCCUUUAUAUUUAAUCAAAUUUUCCUCUC